UCGUACGACCAAGAUGCGCCACCGAGAGUUCGAUCCUGCCGUCCAGCCGCGCGGGUGCAUUUUCCGUGAAGUUGGCAGCGUAGGUCGCGUUUUGUUUAUUUAUAAAGUAGCGUCUGGUGCCCGGUACGCACCAUCCGGCGGGUGUGAUAGCGGUGCUAGCCGCGGGAAGUCGUGUGUGGCGUGUGUGAUAACAUGCACCGUGGUACAUGGGACGGGAGCUUCAAUCAAACGAUAAAAACGGCCCAAAACCGGAACAAACAACGGCAACUGUCAUAUCCCGGCUGCAAUCAAACAGAAUUCGCAGAACGCAGCAAACUUGCAACGAAUCUUCGAUCGAUAACGCUUCGAACGGCGAGUAGACACUAGCCGUAGGUGGGAUAGGAAUUUCAUUCGACGGUGCACGGCAAAGUUCAACCAGAGCCACAAGGCUGGCAACAUUUAGGAACUUAUCACUGCUGCGUUUCGUCACGUCCGUAUGCGAUGACAUCUCGUACGCUUCGGGACGAUAACAGCAACAUGAUGCCUGUGCCAUCCGCAAUCCAUCACAGCUGAGUAAAUACCGGGGAAUGGUUCUAGCCUCGGUCCAACAGCGCGACGAGGCACCAAGUCCAAUAUCUCGAGUAUCGCAAUCCGGAUGUAUCGGUAGCAGCUAGUCGCACGUCUAACCCUACCUACCUGUACCGGCUGUUUCGAGCGUAACACGGCGCAACACUAGAGACGGUAAUAACGCUGAGGAGAGCAUCAUCCAGGAAGCAAUCGGAAACGAUCGAACACAAUACGACCCUGUCUAACCUUGGUGAAGCCCGCACCGGCGGUCGGUGGCAACCGAUGGCUAGCGAUUGUGGCAAUGGAUCCGGCACCGGACCCUGGUGCUGACAGGACGGUGACGCACGCACUGUUCCGCCGUGGUUAGAUCGGGCCAAUCGCACAUCUCACGCCACAGAUUCGGCAGCGAUCGUGAUAGUAACACUCAGUCUGUGUCAAUUUUAUGCCACGGAGCAACUGAUACUGGCCGCUGCGAGUUGCUGAAACGAAUAACCAAAAACAAACAACAAAAAACUCCCACCCGAAACACACAUAUCCAAUGCAAUCGAAGCCACACGGGUGCAAUUCUUCAUCUUUCCUAUCGAAAAAACGAUUGCUGCAGAAGUAUCUCUCGCUUGGACGUCCGUCAUCCACUACCAAACCCGAACCGUUCGAUGGUGUUGAAAGUGCGCGCUAAUCACGGAAGGCUGAUAAGAACCGCACUGUACGGGUCCACUACACUUCAGCCGGGAUUGGAGAUAACCCUCGCUUAAACCCCUUUUUUUUACUGUCCGAAUUCGUACGAAUUGUGGUGGGUAAAGCGACCGCCGGUACCGGCCGACCCCGACGGGUUCGAUUCGACACGUCGCGCACACGCAACAAACGCACGGCAAACGAUGCGGCUAAUGUUGCGCGGUCGCAAGCUACUGUUUGCGGUCAGUGCCUGCCUGACCGUACUGAUUCUGCUCUGGAAGUGGACCGACGUGCGUGCGGUUUGCUUCGGUGGAAACGGUGCGCACAGUGCCGGCGUCAUGGUACGGGAUGAUCAAAGUGUAGAUGGUGGAAACAGCUACCGGUACCACCGAAACAUGCCGUUAAUCUUUAUCGGCGGUGUGCCCCGUUCCGGCACGACCCUAAUGCGUGCCAUGCUAGAUGCUCAUCCAGAAGUACGCUGCGGUCAGGAAACACGAGUCAUCCCCCGUAUCCUGCAGCUACGCUCACACUGGAUGAAGUCGGAGAAGGAAUCGGUACGGCUCGUCGAGGCCGGCAUCACGAAGGAGGUGCUAAAUGGGGCGAUCGCACAGUUUUGUCUGGAAAUCAUUGCCAAGCACGGUGAUCCAGCGCCGCGGCUCUGCAACAAAGAUCCGCUCACGCUCAAGAUGGGCUCGUACGUGAUCGAGCUGUUUCCGGCGGCAAAGUUCCUGUUUAUGGUGCGCGAUGGGCGGGCCACGGUGCACUCGAUCAUCUCGCGCAAGGUGACGAUCACUGGGUUCGAUCUGACCAGCUAUCGGCAGUGUCUCACCAAGUGGAACCAGGCGAUACAGACGAUGCACGAGCAGUGCAAGGAAAUCGGUAGCGACCGGUGCAUGAUGGUGUACUACGAGCAGCUGGUUUUGCAUCCGGAGGAGUGGAUGCGCAAGAUACUACACUUCCUGGACAUACCCUGGAACGAUUCGGUGUUGCACCACGAGGAGUUCAUCAACAAGGAGAAUGGCGUCGCACUAUCGAAAGUGGAACGAUCGUCGGACCAGGUCAUCAAACCGGUAAACUUGGAAGCACUCUCCAAAUGGGUCGGCAAGAUCCCGAGCGAUGUGGUGCGGGAUAUGGCGGACAUUGCGCCCAUGCUCUCGGUGCUCGGCUACGACCCAUACUCCAAUCCACCGGACUACGGUAAACCGGACACAUACGUCCAGGAGAAUACUUACAAGGUCCGUUCCAAUCCACAAAUGUGGGAGCAUAGGGCGAAGGAGCUGCUCAACCGGGAAGCCAUGGCCGACAACGCACCACCGAAGGCGAAAGACACCGACGACGAUGAUUAUGGCACGGGCAGCAAGGAUCGGAAAACGUGAUGAAAUGGACGGUGCUGUUACGGCGAUAGACUGCUAACGUAUCGAAUUCGAACGCAACAAAACAAAAUCAGUGCAAUAGCGGUGACAGAUAAGAGGACGCAAAAGACUUAGGAUUUAUUUUUUAAAGAAUGUUUUUUAAAUGCUAAAAAAAGCAAGCUGAGUUAGCCAUAACAAAUCACGACAGAUAAAAGGAAGGUGACAAAAGGUAUCAAAGAGUGAACGUGGAAGGAAUGGUGAAUAGGGUAACAAAAACUAGACAAAAUAUUCUCGACCUGAGAGGGUUCACCGACCAGGUAUCGUGUAUCGCAUAUAUGUUGGAUUACAGGGUUUUACGAUUGGCUUUCGACUGGCUGUACACAUUCGGUUCAGAAUUUAAAUUCAACAGCUGCCAACAUGCUGUCAGAUCAGCGAGAUGAUCUUAACAUCUUGCAUCUUAACAUACUUUGACCAGCCAUUCGAGAGCCAAAUCCCUAACACGCCCGUAUUAUAUACUUUACUUUUGUUAGAGGCUUAAGAAACUAUUGCUCUGUUCCAGUUGAACGUUUGCCUCGGUUUUACUAUUACUGCACGGUCUCGGUGUUAUUACGACCCAGGAGCACAGUACGCUUGUGUGAGUCGCGGUAAACAGUAGCACACAACCAGACAGCCCGCUUGCAGAGCGACGGCAACAAUUCAAACCAUGAAUCGCUUUUCCAUCUUUACAAUGUAAACUGUAUAGUCAAAAGUAUCCCUCCGCCCUUUGUAAAAUAUGGGGUAAGCAAGGUAAUGGUUAUAGAUGGUAGGAUAAGCAAGAGCAAUUAGCAACCACAACGAGAACAUAUUAUACAAACGCAUACUGUAUGUAUAUACUUAAUGCUAACCACAUUUCUACUGCGCCAAUCGCCAACUGCUAGGUAUCGCCCACCCAGCUAGUACGUACAUAUAUGAAGAGGGACGCACAUUUUCAAUCAAAAAUCCUCUGCUAGAGAAGGAUUGUUUUAUUUGUGAUUUUCCAAACCGCCAACCCUUCCCCCCCAAAAAAACCGCAAUCGUAAAACGCAAACACCGUACAACGCAAAACAAUAACUACUAUACAAAUGGUGGGAGUCGCACAAACUCUUACAUAGCUUAUACACUGUUCAUGUACAGAUGCAUGUAAAAAAAUAUUAAAUUACACCUAUAAACGCACGGGGCGAUGGGCACAUCUUUGAGAUGUUGGCGAAGUGUGUAGAAUUUUUAAAACGUAAA